ACAUGGAAAUCUUUCGUUUUUUUUAAUAUUCAUUUUUAGUCGUUUUUCAGUUUUUAAUUGAUUCUAGGCUUCUAUGCAAUCGACAUUAAAAUUUCACAUCAACACAUUUGAUCAGAUAGUUAUCACGGAAUAUUCCGUUUAUUGUCGUUAUCAUUUUUCAGACCUAAACUGAACUUGUCAUUGAAUUAUAUUGUUUCGUGAUCAUCUCUUAAUUGCUUCGACUCAUUUUGUCAUCAAGAUCAACUUGAAAUACUCGAAUUGACAACAUUUAUUUAGUUGAACAGUAAACAGUUGGUGUUGUAUCAACUUUUCAAUUUAUGGUCAUUGGAAAAUAGCAUUUCUUUCUUGGCAAAUCUCAACUUUAAUCACGAAAAAUGAAUGAUGAAAAUAUCAACAUUGAUUGGAAAAGUGCAACUUCAAUAUUUGAUUUCACUGUGAAAGACUUGGACGGAGAAGAUGUUCCCCUUGAAAAGUAUCGUGGAAUGGUUUGCUUGGUUGUCAAUGUCGCCUCCAAUUGUGGACUUACCAAAUCAAACUACAGACAGUUGAAUGAGCUGUAUGACAAAUUUAAAGAUACUGGUAAAUUUGCCAUCCUUGCAUUUCCUUGUAAUCAAUUCCUUGGUCAAGAGCCUGCAUGUGAAACUGAUCUCAAGGAGUUUAAAUUGAAACAACGAAUCGAGUUUGACUUUUUUGCCAAAGUCAAUGUUAAUGGUAAAUUGGCUUGUCCGUUGUACAACUUUCUCAAGUCCAAACAAGGUGGAAUUUUGGGUGACUUCAUAAAAUGGAAUUUCACCAAAUUUCUUUGUAAUAAAGAGGGAAUACCAGUUUCUCGAUAUGGACCCAGAACUGAGCCUUUGGAAAUUGGGAAAGAUAUUAUGGCCAUCUUGGAUGAUUAAGAUGACACACUCAACAGGAUUCCAAUCAACCUUCAUAACUUUAUUUUGGAUCAAGAAUCAUUUAAUCAUCGUUAGUCAAUAUUAGAUGGAUAAUGUUACAAAAUAGAUUGAUUUCACCAACAAUUGGGAUCAAAAACUAACAAUUAAAUUGUUUUAUUUAUUGACAAAAGGAAAGUGGAGGAACCAUAACCAUAAACCUAAGCCAAAGAUAUGAUUAGUCGUUAAACUUUAUUGUUAUCAUUAUUUAUUUUUGCAAAAUUUCAACGUUUAGUAUGAAUUCAGCUGCGAGAGAUUAUCAAUUAAAUCAUGAAAUAUGUACUCGUAUGACUAACUAAUGUUUCGCAUUAACUUGAAAGCGUUGUUAGUACAUUAACCCAUAACUUAAUUAAACACACAUUCAAGUUAAUAGCAAGUCCGCAU